AUGAAGCUAUUGAGGUCGUCUUUAUUCCUGGCCGUGGCUUUAUGCCUGGCCACGGCAGAGGAGAAGGCGGAAGACACAAAGGCUACAGACACUAAACCAGUGGCGGAGAAGAAACAAGAUAAGAGAGGACUAUCCGAUUUUGGUUACGGUGACUUCGGCGGACACGGUGAUUUCGGCGGUCACAGUGACUUCGGCGGUCAAGGCGGGUUCGAUGAGGGCAGCAUCGGCGGCUUCGAGCAUCAUGGCCACGAGGAGCACGUGAAAACCAUCACUGUUGUCAAGAAAGUGCCAGUGCCUUACCCCGUCGAGAAGCACAUCCCUGUGCCAGUCGAGAAACGUGUGCCGGUGCCAGUGAAAGUGCCAGUACCACACCCGUACCCAGUCGUGAAAACCGUACACUUUCCAGUCAAGGAAUACAUCAAAGUGCCCGAGUAUAUAUCUAAGCCGUAUCCCGUUGAGAAAGAAGUGCCAGUUCCGGUUACAGUACAUGUUGACAGGCCUGUCCCAGUGAAAGUAUACGAGAAUGUACCUUACCCGGUCGAGAAACACAUUCCCGUACCAGUGAAAGUGCACGUACCCCACCCGUACCCUGUCGAGAAGACCGUGCACUACCCGGUCAAAGUUCCAGUCAAAGUGCACGUACCGUACCCGGUGGAAAAGGUCAUCCACUACCCCGUUAAAGUGCCAGUCGACAACCCCGUCCCCGUGCACGUCGAAAAACCAGUGCCCGUUCCAGUCGAGAAGCCAGUGCCGUACCCAGUGGAGAAACCUGUACCUUACCCAGUUAAGGUGCACGUUGACAACCCAGUACCUGUUCACGUGGAGAAACCAGUGCCUUACCCAGUGAAGGUUCCUGUCCCAGCACCCUACCCCGUUGAGAAGAUCAUCCCUUACCCAGUGGAGAAGAAAGUUCCCAUCCCUGUCAAGAUACCCGUUGACAGGCCUAUCCCAGUGCCUAUUGAGAAGCACGUGCCCUACCCAGUAGAGAAGCACGUUCCCUACCCAGUCAAAGUUCCUGUACCUCACAUCAUUCAUGAGGAGAAACAUGAAAUCUCCCAUGACCAAGGCAGCUUCAGCCACGGUGAUUUCGGUGGCUACGGAGGCUACGAGGGUGGCCAAGAGGAGUACCACCAUUAA